AUGAGUCGUCAAAUUGAGCAAGCAUUGCUCUCAUUAAUGCCAACAUAUGGCUCUGAUCUACCUCCUGCUCUCGUUGAACUUGCAGGUUCUUUGCUUGCCCAGUCUCGGCAUCAAGCGAGUACCCUGAAGGCAGAUGAAGAGAUUGCUAGAACAUACGCUUGCGCAAACAUUGCGUGUGAUCGCCUAAAAAUUACUCUUGAUCUUCCACCUAUCGAACCAAGACCGCCAAUUCCUCCUCGUAUCUACAAGCGUCUCUACACUCAUCUUGAUAAUAUUCUGCGCGGCAGCUCAACUCCUACAAGAGCUACUCCAGGACGAACAAGAACACCAGGUUCAAGAUUCCGUGAUGCCGAUAACUCACCCUCACGACCACUACCGUCAAGAGCAACGCCAACAAAAGAACAAAGUUUAGCGCAAUUCAGGACACCAACAAAGGGGGCUACCGGUACACCGACAAAAUCUACUCGCAAGAAGGAAGCUUUUGCCGGAGUCAAUCUCCAUGCAUGGAUUCAACCUACCACAAGAUGGGUAUGUGCAGAAACUGACCACAAGAAGCUGGCUCCUACAAUUUUAGCUGGCAUGGAGAACAUCAUAACACCUGCAGGUCGACGAACAGAUGACGAGUGGGUUCUGCAGAAUCUGACGGCCUUGUUUGCCGCUGUCUACUUCUUCGUAACUAUGCGGGUCAAAGCUCUUGCUUCUGGCGAAGGUAUUGAUAGGGAAGGAUAUGUCCCUCUUCGAAAAGAGAUCCUUGCUCUUCUCGCCAGAGCACGAAAUGAAGUAACAGUUAAGGAUCUGGCGGAAGAGGAUGCCUGGGAAGGUUGGUCGACCGUCAAGUCUAAGGAUUUCGAUGAUGCGGUUGCCAAAGUCAACGAACGAGCGUGGCUCACGGGUGACUGGUAUCAAGGCAUCGCAGAUGUCGUCAAGCUGUCCCAAAGAAGCCAUCUCGAAGACGUCGAGAUGCAGGAUGAGGAGGUAAUCCUGAAGAUGCAAAUCAAAAAAGCAGACACCAUGUUUCAAGACAAGUACGACUUUCUCAGCGAGGCGAAACGGACAAAGUACAGUCACUGGAAGGAAGAUAUGUUCGCCAAAAUUGCUCUAUCGACAACUCAAGGUGCUGCCAUGGAGGUAGAUACAUAG